AUGCCUCGACAAGCCCGCAUUCACUGUGUUUCUCUCCGUUCCUCUCUUGUGAACCUGCCAAUAUCCAUUUAUGGUCCUCUCGUCGAGCGCAAUAUUCGACCGCAGCAUGUGGCCGUACUCCUGACAUGCUCUUCCCCCAGAGUCAAGCCCAAAAAUGAUUCAAGCAAGCAGUUCAUUGACGCUUAUGUUGGCUGGACCGGCAUGCUUUCUGCCUCAUCCAUCUCCCAUUUCGAUUCUUCCAACGCUGCCGACCACUCACUGGAGACAGUCGAAAUCGAUCCUCAGUAUUCACAGAGUCUCGGUCUUUCUCAAGGAGAUAUUGUUGAUAUCGGUCUUCUGCACGAUCUCAAAACCGCAAAGUCGGUAGCUACAGAGCCACUCACCCCGGAUGAUUGGGAAAUCCUCGAAUUGCAUGCGGAUCACGUCGAAGCCAAUCUAUUAUCUCAAGUCCGGGUAGCGUCUGUAGGGCAGGAAAUAGAUGUUUGGGUCCUCAGUCGUACUCGUAUCCGGCUGAGAGUUGUAUCACUAGACCCGUCGAAUGUAAAAGCCCUGCUACUGACGACGAGUACUGAGCUAUCCAUCGCCCCAAAAACACGUCGCCCGCUCACUCAGUCAGCUCCAUCCUCAAAUAAUGGAUAUCCUACCGCUGUCUCAUCGUCUUCACAUGCAUCCUCUUCUUCAUACUCCAUUGCUAUAGCGCUCCAUCUUCGAGUUCUCCCCUCAUCAGUACUCCCAAUUUCCCUUCCCACCCCUCCAGACACCCAAGCUGUUGCCUAUGUGUCGGCUUCGUCCAUAAAAUCGCUCCAAAUUAGCCGCCAGAUCCCUUCCAAUGUUAAAGCUUUCAAGGCAAAGCUCCGUCGGUCCCUUCCUCCCAACGACCCUUCCGAAAGCAACGUGAACGGAGCGGAUGAUAUGGCCUCCUUGACCAUGCCUAAGGUGCUGAACCCGAGUUCAGCUGAGGCUGGGAAGAGAAACGAUGGCACACAGCAGGGGAACGGAAGGAGGCAUAAUAAAGAUGUGUUAGUUAUGGGCCUAAAUGAAGUGCCGAAAGGACAUGUGGCUAUCCUAGGCGGAAUAGACGAUGUGAGGGACUGGGACUUAGUCAGAUUAUCUAUUUCUCCAGACUCUACAUCAAAUGUUCUGGAUGUAGCAUCCUUCACAUCGUGCCAAUCGCGCUUGCCACCUCCAAUGCAUGACCUUGCGGGUGUGGAUACAGUACUUUUUAAGGCACACUCAAUCUGCUCUCAGGUCUUUGCUCUGUCUUCUGCAAGCAUUGUCGGAGGCUGCACUGGACUUUUGAUCACUGGUCGAACGGGCGCCGGGAAGACUUCCGUGGCCCAAGCGACUGCCAAAGCUCUUCAAUGGAACCCCAGUGUAUUUGCUUUUACCUACUACAUUGAUCUAGGACGAUGGGUAGACAAGCCGGUUCCGACGUUGCGAACUCAGUUUCAGUACUGGUUCGAAAAGGCGUCAUGGCACCGCCCUAGCGUUCUUUUAUUCGACAACAUGGACAAAUUGCUUGCGACUGAGCUUGAGCAUGCAGAUUCGUUCCGCACAAGGCACAUUGUGGAAACGUUCUUGACAUUUUUUGGGCCGUCUAGUCGUCAGCUCGCACCGAAUGCCUCGAACAUUAUCGUGCUCGCGACUGCACAGUCCGAGGCAGCUUUGCACCCUCUCAUCAUGACAGCACACUUAUUCAAGCGGGCCAUACACCUCAAGCCCCCGUCAAAGGAUACUCGCCGCCAGAUUCUACAUCAAGCGGUCAGCAGGAGGAUGGGUAGUACUUCCAACCUUACUGUGGACCGUGAGGCGAAGUUGAAUUACGUGGCUUUGGCGACUGAAACGGAGGGUUAUAUGCCUACGGAUCUGAAGGAUCUUGUCGGGAGGGCCGUGCAUCAAGCUACCAUUCGGUGUAUGAGACAGAAGGUGGAAAGUCACGAAAUCAACCAGAUCUCUCUUAGUCCAACGGACUUCAGAUCAGCUCAAGUGGAUUUCGUGCCUUUGUCCCUUCGGGAUGUUCCACUGCAGAAGUCGACGGUAGAGUGGGCGGAUAUCGGAGGUCUCAGAGAAACACGCCAAACUUUGCGGGAAACCCUCGAGUGGCCUACGAGAUAUGCGGCGAUAUUCGCCCAGUCUCCCUUGCGGCUACGAUCCGGGCUACUGCUGUACGGCUAUCCAGGGUGCGGCAAGACGCUGCUGGCAUCUGCUGUUGCCAAGGAGUGUGGGCUCAAUUUCAUCACCGUGAAGGGUCCGGAAUUGCUCAACAAAUAUAUUGGCGCCAGCGAAAAAUCGGUCCGCGAUAUCUUCGAGAGAGCCAACGCUGCGAAACCUUGUGUUUUAUUCUUUGAUGAAUUUGAUUCGAUUGCUCCAAAGCGAGGUCACGAUAGCACGGGUGUUACAGACCGAGUGGUCAAUCAACUUCUCACUCUCAUGGACGGCGCUGAAGGUCUCGAGGGCGUGUACGUAUUGGCUGCGACGAGUCGCCCAGAUAUGAUCGAUCCGGCACUUCUACGUCCAGGUCGCCUUGAUAAGUCGCUGCUCUGUCAUAUGCCGACUGAACCUGAACGCGCCGAGAUUCUUCGAGCUCUCUCACGCAAGGUGCCGAUGUCUGCGUCUGUCGACAUCGACUAUCUCGCACAACGGACUGAAGGGUUUUCGGGCGCCGAUCUGCAAGCUUUGGUUUAUAACGCCCAUCUUGAAGUCGUCCACUCGUCAAUGAAGACCCCAGACUUGUCGGGAUCCAGUGAUGAACAGGAUAAGGGGGAGAAGUCAAUUGAGUAUAUUUCCAUUGGUGGACCUUCGCGAAUGGGCGCCAAGUCGAAAGCGGAGGAAGCAACAAUGCAACGACGGCUGCGACAAAUGUUGCUGCCACAACCAGAUGGUGUCGCUCGAUCGUCUACAAAUGCGGUGAAGCAUACCAAGCACGAAAUACAUAACGAGCACCUGCAUGGCGUUCUUAAGACGACGAAACCGUCAGUCUCUCCUGAAGACAUUGCUAGGUUCAGUCGAAUAUAUGCUGCCUUCAACUCGGACAGAGCUGGAGACUUGCCUGUCCCUCCGGAAGAGGAAGGGGUGGGACAGAGGGUCUCACUAAUGUGAUGACUUUGCGGACAAUCCUAUGAUGGUCAUGUUGAUGGAAUUAAAAGUCCGUGGUCGCUUUACCAAUGUCGGAUGCAACAUUGUUACUGCUUAUUAUUUGACUAUAAAAAACAUUGAUUGAAGCGAAUCGAGACUUGACCUCGGUGUCGUGGCAACUACCGAUUUAAAUAGUCAUUGCAAUCCUCUCCGGAAG